AUGUCAAAGAACCCUUACUUCGCCCACCUGCCAACGUGGCGCAACCGUCAGGAUCUAGCCUAUGCGAUCGACAGUCUUCCGACCAUCCUCGAGAACCUCACCGCUUCCUCGCCUCUUCUGGCCACUUACUCCUACCCCUCCACAUCCUCAGCUAUGGCAUACCUGAUUGAGAUUCUACAGUCGCUUCAGAAGGAGCCUUGUGGAUGUGAUCUUGUCAAGGGUUGCUACUGUGGUCAGGACGGGAUUGAGGAUCAUGAGGGCAAGUCGCCCUGUUAUGUCUGUGGCGAGUGGUACCUUGAUCGGCGGGAGUCGUCUCAUAGUGAAGGAGAAGGUGGGGGAGGGUAUGAGUGUGGUGUGGAUGGUGCGAGAGGAGGAGGAGGUGGAGGUGGAAGCGCACAGCGGCAGGGAAAGGCAUGGCAUGAGCAAGGAUCGCUUCGCCAUCAUGUUGCAGAGGCCAAGGUCAAGAAGUGGCUCGACUCUGUCUGGAAGCCUCCAUUGGCGCCGGCUACUACACCUGAGCAGGAGAAUGUCAGGCAAUUUGGACUCCGGAGUCAGGAGGAUCUUCGACAGUGCUUUGACCAUCCCCAGCACCAACAUCAAAACCAGCAGAGGCAGCAGCAGCAACAGGUGCGUAUGGAGCCAGGUCGACCGUGGAGUGUGCAUGAUAUCGAGAUCGAGGCCCGUGCCAAGAGUCGCAGCAGAAAUAACUCUGCCUCUUCAACCAAUUCGCUGUCGUUCGUGUCCUCGUCCUCCUCCUCGUCCUCCUCCUCGACCUACUCCUACUCUACAACAACUUCAGCAUCUCCUUCGUAUUCGACAUCAUCAUACUCGUCAGUCUCUCCACAGCAGGACCUGUCGGGAUCAGCAUAUGGGUACGCUUCCGGUUCGGGAUCAUGGCACUUCAACACCUCGUCUGUUUUUCUCUCGUCGCCGUCCAAGCCAAUCCAGGCAACCCCACCGUCUCAGCGUACAGGACCACUCUUCUGGGUACCACAACCAGCCCCAAUCGAAUCACGCGGUUUCUCGUCCUUUGGUUUCGACAGUCAGCAGCAGCAGGGAUACCAGGCAAGAGUCAGGACCAUGAGCUGCUCUGACGCGCCACCUCCCUCUGGUAGCAAACCGCCUUCGUGUUCUUCUGCACCGCUGCGCUCUUCUACUCCGCCUGUCAUGCGGUCCCACAACAUGCGCACCAGCCACAUCAACUCUAUCAACAGCACCAGCAACAGCAGCAAUGGUAGUUGCCGGUCUAAGCCUGUUCGUGCAUCAACCGCCAAUUCGACGUUUGCCAUCCCUCAAGAGAUCCUGGACCCCAGUUACAAAUCGCCCACCUUUCGCAUCAAGAGCUGGAACCCGGCAUCCCCUGCGUCUUCGACGAAUCAUUCUCCUACCGCUUCGUCAUCCAGUCCGAUCGCCUCCCGACUCGCAUUCGCUAAGGAGUCGUCAUCUGCAGAUCCUCAGCAGGAAAAGAAGAAGCAGACUUUGGAUAGGUGGACAUCAGCACCAGCACAGCCAGCAGCAGUCGCGGCUCCACCACCUUCUUCGUCAUUGUUUUCCUCUGCUCAAGAAUCCGUCUUCAAGAGCUCAAAGAUCUACCGAUCAGAUCAGGAGGACUCUCUGGAAUUGUCAUCGCCCGACGCUGGUGGUCAACAAGGCAACACCCGAGAGGACCUCAGUUCCAUCUCCAAGGCCUUCCCGACUCCAACAGCAUUUCCUACACCACCAGCAGAAACAGGAGCCAGAUUAGAGGCGGGGAUGGAAAUCAAGAAGAAUGCGCCCUUCCAGCUCAACUUUACGUCGAGUCGGUUCCGUGCAGCAGUCCAGGCGAAAGCAUCCCUAGACAACCACAAGUCGGCAAGGCGUGAGAGUGUUAAAAAUUCGGCUGUGUUUCCUAACGACGACGCGGAGGAGGAGGAGAUCCGAGCCCUACCACGACCGAUUCCCCAGCUUGCUGCUUCAGAGGACAACGUCGGGGACAGAAAGAAGGCCAACAUUCCGAUUGUGGAUGUUGUGAUUGUGACUGAGCAGGUGGUCUUGCGCGAUUCCGACAAGGCUGCGGCUGGGCGCAAGGAGCAUUUCGAGCCUACUACCACAGAUGUCAUCGCCCAGUUCAAGACGACAUCGACACAGACAGUGUCUUCGAGAACGCUUUCGAUCCAAAAGUCGGCCCCCUUGUCCUCACCGAUACUCCCUACCUCGACAAAUGCCUCGGCGUCGGUCAAAACAUCCUCGUCGUCGUCCUCGGCAGCGUCAACGUCGACAUCUACAUCCGCGUCUGCAUCUAGUUUGACCUCGCAGCUGUGUUCUCGUGAACCCAAGAGCCCCAAAAAGGAGACCGGGAAGAACGCUAGCGAUGUCCACCAGACGACGAGUUGGUCGUCUCUUCAGAAACUGAUGGGGACCGUAGCAGUGUCUGCAACAGCAGCAGGUCCAUCAUCCCCAGCGGCAGCUGCAAAGCCGGUGCUGGGUCAAAGUAUCAGCAUGUUACACCUCGACGCCUUUUCCUCUUUGGCUUCUUAG